AUUCUCAGACAUCUUUGGCCCACAGGGAAGCCCUUACACUUAAAAAAUAAUGGUGUAACCUGAAAAAAAAAUGCUAAGAAACUCUUAGGAAAUUUGAGAAUGGAAGCCAAUAAAACAGGUGUUGGACCUUCAAAUCAGCUGACUGGUAGAGCUGCAGAGAGCUAUCAUAAUCCAUAUGAUGCAGAUGCUGGAAUGAUUCAGCCUACAUCAGAAAAUUGCGAUGAGACUCCUCAACUUGUGGAGGAGGAGCAACAGCAACUAGAAGAGGUGGAGGAGGAAGGGGGGGGGGUGCUGCUGCUCAAUUUACAAUUCAACCAGAGGUAG